AUGAUCAUGCUGGUCCAAGCUGCGAGCGCCGUCAAGCUCAGACGUCUCGGUACGCAAGUGCCCAAUGCCCGUCCCCAUCAUUCGAUUCAUUUACCACCGUCCCAGUACGGAGCUUGUAAACCACCUCCUCCCCCUCACGACUAUCAUUUUGAGUUGAUUUCCGCGUGUUGGAAGAUCGUCGAGCGUGAGAUUGUACAUACGACAUCCACCGACUACCACCUGUUUUCCACAGGAGGCCAGACUCGGUCAUUCCGUGUGAUCAGUCCAAGGACCUUCAGGCCAUCUUCAGGCACGACCACCACCCCCUGGCACGGUCCUCCCGGUCCCCGUCCUCCACGAGGAAUUCACCCUCCCCUCUCAAAUUCCAGCCUUAGCUGCAAACCACCUGCAACUAUCGAUUAUGACUACGAGGGCCUCCCCAAACGCUCACUUCCUUUGACGCUGUCCUACAUCCUCCCCCCCCGGCAAGGGAACCCCACCAAAAAGUGUGUCUCUCACGAGUCCUGCCUCCACGAAUCAGCGCAACGGGAGUCCUCCGUCUGUCACUCCGACCUCUCUCUCGCUCUCUCUCGCUGUCUUCCGUGCACGACGAUUGUCUCAUCCCGACGACCCGAGCCCCCUAGCAUCCGUCGUGAAGCCUGGCGCUUGCACUCGAUCCAGCGACUGAACAACCCCAAACAAACCUCAAUUAUCUACUACCCCCACGGCUCACGACUCACGAUCACCUCGUUGCAUGACGCGGAAGACCUACACGGAAUCAGCUCGUGGGAGACAGAUUCAAGUCGGCGUAUCUGUGUUCAUUGUUCCACCAUGGAGCUACCGCACGCGCCGCCUACCCGACCGCAUGGAACUGACGAGGUCAUCGAGUGCUGGGACGAUGAUGAUGAUCUGCAAUUCAAUGAAAGUGUCCAGUUCCGCACCGCCUCCAGCACCGGCUCGCUCGCCAACUGCUCAUUUCGCCCGUCCGGACACCGUGAUUCCAUCUCGUCGCGUCUCUCGGCUCGCUCCGAUCUGGAUUCAAACGCCGGCGACGAGGACUGGCAAGUCCUCCUGCACGAGAAUGACGAUUUCUCCAAGGAAGAGGCGUUGGCCUCGGCCAAGCAUGCUGGCAUUCCCAUCCCCUCCGAUAUUCCCAGCUCGGCCCUCAUCGGAGGGGCCAUUAAACGUCUAUCCGCCCGCAAAUCCAAACGAACCUUUGUCGACGACUGGUCGGAGGACGUCGAGCUCCCCAGUCCCGAUGCGGUGCUUCAAUUGAAGACGCCGCGCGAAAACACCUUUCCCGAGUCACUACGACACCUUGGAUCGACGGCGACCAGUCCCGUGAAAUCGUCGGCCGUCUCAAAUUGGGAGGUUGACCUGUCCAGCCGCUUGCAGGCGGCCUUUGUACCCCUUUCUCGCUUCCAGGACGACCACGACUUUGACGAGGAUCUGGACAUUCCGACGAUCAAAGUGCCCGCACCCCGCUCCCCCCAAAAGAUGGCCGAGUCCUUGGCUCAGUCCACACUCGCCGGCGCCCGGGACGCGGAGGACUUUGACGAGGAUUUUGAGCUCCCCACGGACGAUCAGCCACUCCAGCUGAGCCAGCAAAAGGCUCGGGCCGAGGUGGUGAGUCCCAGCCUAGACGACUUUGAUCUUGACUGGUCGGAGGGAAGUAUCGGGGUGCGAGUAGGAGGGACGGCGCGCGACGGCCGAUCCCUGCCUAGCUCCUCGAUCUCUAUCGCCAGCCCGAGUGUCUCCAGCUGCUUGACCGCGGAGAGUGAGGAGGAUGGUCUAGAUGGGAUUUUGUUCCCGGAAGGACAGUUGGAUUUCCAUGCCUCGCUCCAGCGACGACAAGAAGCUCCACCGACCCACGAAUCUACGAGAGAAGAAGCAGACCGCCACAAGGAAACGCUCUCGCCCGAGGGCGACGACUUCUUUGCCGGCAUCGAAGUGGACCACGGGCGAGCUUUUGUGCCCGGGAAAAUGACAUUCAAUCCCAACGUCAAAUGCAAGACGGAAUUCCCAACCAGCCCUACGCGUCGGCCUGCGACGACCCUCACCUUCACCAACACCAGCGGAGGGUCUCCGCGAACUCGCCUUCCCCGACUCUCCGGCCAUGAACGCCCUCGAUCGACUCAUCUGGAGACGGUCUCCGAGAGUGGCGCCCCGCUCUCCAAGUUCCGCCGCUCCCAGUCCCGACUGGGCCAUUCAUCACAGUCCUCGGUGUCGAGCAUGCCCGCCACGGGCACAAAAUCGCCAUCCCCUACGCCCAGUCUGUCCAGCCGGCGACUGGCUGGGUCUCGAACGACCAAGGAAAGCCCUCCCGCCAGCGUGGAAGAGCGCCGGCCGUUGCCGCGCCAGCUGCGCACCAAACGAUCUUUACCCUCCAUCCGCGGGGCCGCCUCGGCUGCAUCCGCGUCGGCCUCGCAGCACACCCCUUCUCACGCGGCUGGCUCUACUCGUAUCUCCCUGUCGCGACCCAAGACUCCCGUGGAGCGCACCGUCGCCCAGGAGGGUCGAGGCUCCCUCCGCCGCAGUCAAGGUCCCUACCUCUCCACCGCGGCGUCGGAGCGGCGGUCUCAGAACUCUUCUCUCACGACUUAUCGUUCAUCCCGCCGUAGCAACUCGGACAGCUCCGGUGACCUCCUCGGGAAUCCAGGAACCUUUUCGCGGCUCUCGCGGCCCUCACGCCCGGAGAACCUGCGACUGAGUCUGGAUGAAUCUCGCACCGAUCACGCGGCCUCCGGCAGUGGCACUAAGCGAACCCUGACGAAACCAACCCGUCGACGCCAUUUCGGGGAUGGGACGGAACUGGAAUCCUUUGAUGAUCUACCCACCUCGGCGUCGCUGGAAAGCAAAUUUACCAAAUAUCCUGCUGGACGCGGCGCGCCUCGCUCUGUGCGAUCUCGACUCAGUCAAAGCCGCAGUACGCCUCCCAUUGAAUCCCCCACCCUGCAAUUCACCCCUCCGUCGGCCAGCAAGCCAUUGAAGACCACUCCGCGGUUCGCCCAAGAUACCAAUGCGUCGCGCAAUGCACGUGAGCAGCGGAUUGCCUCUUUGAACUCCCGUACCCGAGACACCAACCACGCCAUCAACAUCACCACCCCUCUUUCCUCGUUGACCUCGAAUUGGAAACCCCACUCGACGGUGCCUCGCGUUUCGCCUGGCGCGGCAUCUGUACGAAGCCGCAAGACCAAACCCGUGACCAAGUCUUCCUCCAAGCCCCAGCUGAUCAAGCCUCUGGGGUCCGGAGUGCACGAGUCCAAAUCCGUGAGAGGGAUGCGGUACAACCCGUCGACCUAUCGGUGGGAAGGCAAUGAGAACUUGAUUCAAGAAUUUGAUGCAGUUGCUGCGCCAAAGUCGCCGAAACCGGCGCCGGCUCUCAUCACCAACGUGGGCCCCCUGAAUAAUGUCCAGUCGGUCGGUGGCAUGAUCUUUGAUCCCCAGCGCAUGUGUUGGCUCAAGGCCUCCGCUUUGGAAGCCAGCGCAUCUGGUAGCGGCCCCCUUGAAGACGAGGAUGAUGUCUUGGCUGGACUGGAUGACCUGGAUGACGACAAGACCGCGGGUCCGACUCGCCGCAACUCGGGCGCCCUGGGCCAUCCGUCACCCUACACCCCCGGUGGCGAGUAUGGCAGCGCCGGCGAGUCCUCUGAUGACUGCCCCAUUACGGAGGAAUUUGACGUGGGGCCGGAAUUCAUCCGACGACAGCGCGCGGAAGAAGACAAAUGGAGACGAAAGGUGGCGAAAUGGGUUGGUCCUGCUCGUGGAGAUCGAGACCAGCAGUGGCGAUGGACCAUCCGUGAUUUGGUGGCCGAGGAGCUGGGUCACGCUUUUGGCUAA